AAAAGAUGGCGAAUCUCGUGGAGGCGACGAACCAGCAGCAGCUUGAAGGUUUUUUAGCCAAAGCUGGAAAAUGCCUGACAGUGGUGCAUUUCCAGGCAGCGUGGGCUCCUCAGUGCGGCCAAAUGAACGAAGUGAUGGCCGUGCUGGCGAAGGAGCACCCGCACACCACGUUUGUGAAGCUGGAAGCGGAAGCAGUGCCGGAGGUGUCGGAGAAGUAUGAAGUCGCAUCGGUGCCCACUUUCAUUUUCUUCAAAGGAGGGGAAAAUGUGGAUCGACUGGAUGGCGCACAUGCUCCAGAGUUGACCAAGAAGGUACAGCUCCUAGCAGUCACUGGAAGUGCUGGUGAAAGUGCAGAAAGUAAGACCACAGAGCUGAACCAGCGGCUGAAGAAGCUCAUCAAUGCUGCACCUUGCAUGCUCUUCAUGAAGGGGUCCCCGCAGGAGCCCCGCUGCGGCUUCAGCAGGCAGAUAGUGGCCCUGCUGAAAGAGCACAGCAUCCAGUUCAGCAGCUUCGACAUCUUGUCCGACGAGGAGGUCAGACAGACGCUGAAGACCUACUCCAACUGGCCCACCUACCCUCAGCUCUACGCCAACGGGGAGCUGGUGGGAGGCCUGGACAUUGUGAAGGAGCUGGCUGAGUCUGGGGAGCUUGAAAACACUUGCCCAAAAGCUGUCAGCCUGGAGCACCGCCUGAAGACCGUUAUCAACCAGAGUGCGGUCAUGCUGUUCAUGAAGGGCAACAAGGAGGCUGCAAAAUGUGGCUUCAGCAGGCAGAUAAUAGAGCUUUUGAACGGCACCGGGGUGUUUUAUGACACCUUUGAUAUUCUGCAGGAUGAAGAAGUGCGUCAGGGUCUCAAGACAUACUCUAACUGGCCCACCUACCCUCAGCUAUACGUGAAAGGAGAGCUGAUCGGAGGUUUGGACAUAGUCAAGGAGCUGAAGGAAAGCGGAGACCUGCAAUCAGUGCUGAAGGGGGAGUCGUAGGUGGAUUUGCCAAGUCAACAAAGAUGGAGAGCAAAAACAGCUUCCCACAUGAUGCCCAAAAGAGUCCUCUGUGGCUGAUGUAACACUAGGGCCAGGAAGUGAAAGAUAGAGUUUAUGAAAGCAAGUUAAGAGUUAACAAUAUAUUUUUUCUCUCUCUCUUUUGCUCUCUCUCACUUAUAAUAAACCCAUUGCAGCAUUAUGAUAGUUUGACUUUAAGUUAAAAUGAAGAGAAAUUAUUCUGCAGUGUUUCAGUGUUUUGCUUUUGGGCAAUACUUGGAAAAACAGUAGAGUCCAGAAGACAUUUGGACCCUACUGUAUAUCUUGAGAAAUGUUUAAAGUGAGAAGUUAAGCCUAAUUUAAUAAAGAGUUGUUAAAGCACCUUCAGCUUGACUUACAUUCAUAUUAUCCGAUGCCAUUUAACAUUUUUGGGGUUACAUCUGCUCUUUCUGUAUACAAAGCCUCACAGUGGACAACAGGUUAAUAUUUAGUGUCAUUUACCAACUGACCCAGCUGCUGACUCAUCGUGCCGUCCUGUCCAGCUCCUCUUGACACUUUCUUCACCUUUAAGGAUUAAAAACAGCUUCAGUACUUAGAACUAACUCUGCAAGGCACUUGUUAAUACUUUGUUCAGCAAUAACAUAAUGAAUAAAUGAU